GCAAAAAUGGAUUCCAUUUUUUUACUAGACACAAAAGGCAACCAGGACAUUGAUGGCGACCAGCAGCAAACAAUUGCAUACAACAGAGACUUGCUGUUGCCAGAAGAGGAAAAUGACAGCGACGGCGGGGAGCAACAGGAAGGCGAAGUGAAGUUAUUUGGCCUGACGCUAGACUGCAACGAAGUGCUGAAUGCUGUGAGUUCCCAGCCUGAAAAAAGGAAACUAAAACUGAAGCGGAACGCACUCCUUGAUCAAAAUGCUGGCCAAGAUGUGGAGACGGUGCGGGAAAAAGUGGAAAAGAAUCUGAAAGACUCAAGGACAGCUUUAAAUCCAGCCCUAGAAAAGACCAAUGCACUGCCCACUGUGGGAAAGAGGCAGCAACCCAAUAUAAACAGAGUUGAACGCGCUCGAACCAAAGGAAAAGGUUGGUUUGAUUUGCCCGCCACAGAAGUCACCGAGGAAAUGCGAAACGAACUCAAAAUCAUACAGAUGCGCUCGGUUUUGAACCCCAAACAAUUCUACAAGAAGAAUGACCUCAAACGCAUGCCUAAAUAUUUCCAAAUUGGAACCGUGCAACACUCGGCUUUGGACCACUACAAGGAAAAGAAGUCGAAGAAGAGUCAAAGUCUAGUUAAUGAGUUGCUGGAGGACAAGAGCUUCCAAAUGUUCAACAAGAGGAAAUUUAAUGAGGUUAUUCAACGUACGGAUAAAUACGCUUAUAGGAAAAACAUGAAAAAAAUGAAAAAACUAAAGAAGAAUAAAUAA